AUGCUGGAUCUCGUCAGAACAUUCACCGGCUGUCCCGCUGGUCCUCUGCAACACCUCAUUCUUCCUCAUGCAACGCUCAUAGUUUAUCCUUCUGCUGAAUCGGUCGUAUUGCUGCACGCUAGUACUCUUACCCUGGUCCGCGUCCUGGCUUUCGAAGAAGUAUUUCCCGCCAUCCAUUCCAGACAAAGCGUGUCUUACCUUGCUGUUGAUCCUGGAAUGAAGCUUAUAGUAGCGUCCAUGGGUACACGUAUAGCAGUGUGGUCAUUAUCCGAAGUUGAUAACAAAACUUGGCGAAUCCAUUCUUCGCUUAUAUUUCCGGAGGAUGAUAAUGUGACAACGUUAGAAUCGAGGUCCGGGCUUUUGGCCGUUGGAAGCCAGAGUGGUCUGUCCGUCUUCACUCUCAUUUUAGAUGACGGUCUUCCAACAUGGUCAAAAAAGUGGUCAUCUUCUGCGGUUACACCAUACAUCGCUGCUUUUGCUCCGUCACUCACCAAUAUUGCAACAACAGCACAAAGCGAGAGAUUAGUAAGAUUGUAUUCGACAACUUCUGGUCGACAGACCCAAAGCAUUCCUCAUGCACGACCCGUCAUCAAUAUGAAGUGGCGAUACCCUCAAGCAUCAAGUCGUGAUGAUGUAGCAUUAUACACCAUCACAUCAGAUUCCGUUCUUCGCAUUUUUCUUCCUGUCAUAGAUUCCCCUCAGCGCCUUCAGCUCCAUGCCUCUUUGGAUCUGUUCUUAUCCCUACCACUCUCGGUUGCAUAUACUCAGAGCUUGAAGGGAGCGGAAUCUAAGAUAAUAUGGCUCGACAGAGCUGUACUUAGUAACGUGUUGAACGCCAAUCUACAACUCAGAUCGCAAAAUGACGACCCUCAGCUUAAGAAGAUGCAAGAAAUCAGCAACGAGGGAUGGGAUCUAUUCGUUAGAAUACUCGGAGAUGGCUCAUAUAUCACCACUGUGGUUGCUAAUAUCGAUCGCAGGCCCCCUACACUUCUGCAGCAAUAUACCCUGAUACAUUCAGAGCCUCGAGUUCUCUCACUUCUUCCUUUGCAUUUUUACUUUUUGCCUAAUCCAGAUUCCACUUGCCUGACGCUAGUCACUUCGCCUCCUUUAUCGACUCAUGACUUAUCAGUUGCACCUUUUAUCGACGGGAAAUCUGACGCAUUACGCUCCCGUGCUCGUGGCAUAGAAAAAAUUUCACAAGACGAAGCCAAGAUUGUGCGACUAGUCAGAACGCCGUCUGGAAAUGGUGUGGGGGUUGUCAGGUCUGAAGAAGGCGUACAACUAAAGUUCUUUGUAGGAAAUCUAUAUGCCACUUAUUCUUCACAGGACACUACCUUAACCCUUCACUCGCACCCCAUCGUGACUCUUUCCAUUCCACCAGUAAACUUUCUCUUUUCUCUCCCAUAUGAUCAUAGUCAGGAGUAUAUCAUCGCCAUCACGACAGAUUUCGACAUCAUUCGAAUACGCGUAACACUCAUACCACACUUUUCACUCAUGCUACAGUCUCGAAAUUCGUUACCCCUACCACAACUUCCGCUACUCCUGCUUCCAGUAGAUCCCAUGGCGUGGAGCGGUGAUCAAUUGCGGGAGGAGCAUGAUGUUCUGCUCAGUGUAUCCGAUGAAGGAAGGCUAGAGUUUUGGGUACCUGAGGAAGGAACAUCUCUGGGAUGGAGAAGCUCGGGGAGUGUCAAAACAGGGAGGAGAAAAGUUAGGAUGGCUAGGUGUAGCUCAGCCAAAAAAACAGCCUUGGUGGUACGACAACCAGAUGGUGAAGAACUCACGAUAUGGGAUUCAAAGGAGUCUGAAUUUGCUUCUGGGCUGGAGUAUCGUCGAAUGCUUAGUUUGUCUGAGCGCAUCAAUGAUCUAGAUUGGACAUCGACACCAGAUAAACAAUCUAUCCUGGCAGUUGGAUUCACUACUUAUGUCGAGUUUCUUUGCCAGCAACGAAUGACUUACUUUGACGAUGAACCUGGUUGGGUAGUUUGUUGGAAAAUUUCAAUUGAGCAAUUUGUUCCGUACCCCAUCAGUGACUCGAUAUGGCUUGCCAAUGGGUCUUUCCUGGUGGGGGCUGGACAUCAGCUAUUUCUUUUUGGGCAGCCCAAAUCCUCAGAUGGAAGGGAAGCCACGGAGGGCCUCUUCGAGCACGUCGCACGGCAUAAUGGACCUUUGGAUGAUUACCACCCUCAAAUGUUACUUCAGUGUCUACUUUGGGGUAAGGUAGAACUCGUUAAAGAAGUCAUUGUCAAUUUAGCUCGUAGCCUUCAAGUCGCUCGGGAGAGUGGACUGCAAGCUGCUCAGUGGCAAUCUAUUCCUACUGAACAAUAUUUACGUCCAAACCCCGCGCGAAAUUCGGGCAAAAGAUCAGCAAAACUAUACAAUUCUCUAUUUGAUAACAUAAGAGAACAACCUCCUCAAGACGGUGAAUUUUCUCGUCCAUUAGUCAUGUCUCUCAUAGAGAACUUGGAGGCGCAACCACUACCUCAUCUGACUCCAAAUGAGCACGCCCAUUUACUGGUUCUCAUCCAGACAACUUUAGAGGUCGAUGAACAGCAUCGCGCUUUGGAUGCUAAUGGCUUGCGCUAUGUAAUGUCGAUGCGAUCUUUCUACAUUCUCAACCAUCGCGCCUCUUCGGAUCCCAAUAGCCCCCAGUCUAAAGGAUCGAUACCUAGGCACGUAGGGUGGAGAGAGCGGCUACGAUAUCGGGAUAUGAUAUGGGCUUUUCAUAGCGAAAGCCAGGAGAUUCUACUCGAUAUAUCGACUACUGCAUGCAAAGGGAAAAUGCGCUGGUCUGAUGCAAGAGCUUUGGGAGUCUUUCUUUGGCUGAACUCAACAGAAACAAUCAAAUCUCAGAUUGAAGUCAUUGCAAGAAAUGAAUAUAUGGCGGACGGAAAACGUGAUCCUACUACUUGUUCAUUAUUUUACUUUGCGUUAGGUAAGGUUAAGUUAGUGCAGGGUUUAUGGAGACAAGCCGCUUGGCACAAGGAGCAGGCAAUGAUGUUAAAAUUUCUGAACAAUGAUUUCACUCAACCGCGAUGGCGAACGGCAGCUUUGAAGAAUGCAUAUGCUCUGCUAGGCAAGCAAAGGUUUGAGUAUGCUGCUGCCUUUUUCUUGCUAGGUAAUAGUUUGAAAGACGCGGUCAAUGUUUGCAUCAAGCAGCUAUCGGAUUUCCAGCUCGCUAUUGCACUCGCUCGUGCUGUUGAACAGGAUCAAGAGAAACCAGUGUUAUGUGACAUUCUCAGAAAUACAGUCAUACCUACGGCUUUUGGAAAGGGAAAUCGGUGGCUAGGUAGCUGGGCAUUUUGGCUGCUCCACCGUCGAGAUCUUGCCGUCAGGAUUUUACUGACUCCCCUAACUGAUAUCGCAGACUCCUUGGACAUCCGCGUCCAAGAGAUCGGUGAACCUCAUUACGACGACCCAAGCCUUGCAUUACUGUUUUCACAACUUAAGUCGAAAACCUUGCAGGCCGCCAAAGGAACGAGUGAAAUAUCGGGACAAUCCGAAUUCAAUUUCGUCCUACAAAUGGCACGAGUGUUUUGCAGGAUGGGUUGCCAUUCACUGGCCCUCGAUCUUGUCCAGUCUUGGUCAUUUGAGCGGCCAUCGACGUACUUGCAUGAAGCUCCAGAGCAGAAGCCAGAUCAUUCUGCAGUACCUUCAAGUUCAUCAACAUCACGCCAUUCUGCAUUCGCACUUGAGCCGGCGUUCCGCAGACAGUCAUCCAUAAUGAUUGAUAUGGACGUAUCGUCCCUCCCUUCAACGCGCAAGGCAUCCCCGUCUCCUGGUGUCCGCAGUGGGUCGCCACAAGAGCCUACGAAGAAGGAAGAUGUGGGUUCCUUCGAGAGAAAGGCUGGCUUGGGGAAGUUGAUGAAGUCGGCUAAGCACGAUGUUCAGGUGCCAGAAUUUAACAUGGAUGCAUUUUUCUGA